AAACAUUGAAAAUUUGUUCGAGAAGGUUUUUAUUAAUUAAACUUGUAAUACGCAUUCUUUAAAUUACGUUAUACUAUAUUCAGUUUAAGUGCUAUGCAGGCAUUUAGUUUAAGUUGAAUUUGAUUAUUAAAUAAGUCAUUAAACGAAGAAAAAUCAAGAAAUGGCUGAAAACAUUGAAGAAGAGGAAAAAUCCGAUGAAGUAAAAUCAUCAUGUUUAAUAAAGUUUCAAGCUACAGAUCAACUACCUUUUUCGACACUAGAAUGCUCACUGGAUCUUCGAAGACCACCAUCAAAUUGGUUGAAUGGACAGAUCAAAAACCCCAAAUCUGCUAAUUAUUAUAAAUUCUCAUCGUUUAAAAUGGCUUUUGACUUCUUUGAGGAAACUGGAAGUGUCGAUGUCAUAUCAGAUUCAGAAAAUAUCAAGAACUUGUUGAAAAUUGCUUAUGAUCCAAAUGGAAUGUUGUCUUAUUUUGUUCAUAGAGUUGGAAAUACUCUACUUAUUGACGAUUUUAAUCUACACCGGUAUUUAAUGUGGUCAUCAGAGAAAGAUUGGAGCUGGUUGCGUUCAUUUAUCUUUGAAAAUAUACUGACUAGAAUGAAAGACAAGUCAAUUCCCAUUCAGCAAAAGACGAAGCAAUUUCUGGAACAAAAGAAUCUUUUGUCAAAGUUCCUGUAUUACUCAAUUGAAGAUGCUCAAAAAACUGAGGAAAAGGAAUAUGUUCCAUGCUUAUCAUUCAGUAAUGCAUUGCUGCCGCAAGCAAAACCAGAAGAUAUUCCAGACAAUCAUCAAUAUUCUAGAAAUGUUUUAUGGAAUUUUGAAGACAUACGAAUGUUGAUCGGAAGUGACAUGCAAAUUUUUGGCAAUCAGUCAAGGCCUUGCAUAAGUUUACGUCUCAGAGACAUGAAGGAGCCAAUUUCAAUUUUAACAGGUAUUGAUUUUUGGCUGGAUAAUUUGAUGUGUAACGUUCCUGAAAUCUUCAUGUGCUAUCAUUUGAACGGAAUUGUCCAGAGAUAUGAGCUUAUUAAAACUGAGGAUUUACCUAAUAUGGAAGACAGUCGGUUCUCACCAAAAGUCAUUAGGAAUGUCGCACAUAAUAUACUUAGCUUUUUGAAAACUAAUGCGACUAAGGCUGGUCACACUUACUGGCUCUUUAAGGCUAAAAAUGAUGAUGUCGUAAAGUUAUAUGACUUAACAACACUCGAAUUACUCGCACAGGAAAAGCAGAACACAAGCAAUGAAAGCGAAAACAAAAGCGAUGACGAUAAUGAAAAGAAAGAGGAUCAAAAUCCAUUUACAGUGCCUGUGGGAAUAUUAUUGUAUACAGUAGCACGUAAUAUGAAAUAUUCAAAUGAGAAGCUUACAACGAAACAGGCUGGAAAUAUUAAGCAACUUCUUGACAAUUGCUUGAAGCUUUUACCUAAAGAGAAAUAUCCACAAAUCAUAACAACUUCUCAUUACAUCUUAUCUGAUAUUCAAAUCCAAGCUGGAUUAGAUCCAAUGAAUCCAGUAAUUCCAUACAAUGAAGAUCAAUCUGAUUCCGAUGAAGGAAAUGAGGAAUUUGAAUAUGAAGGUGAAGAGUCUGAGGAUGAUUUGGAUCCAAAAGGAACUGAUUUAUGUCCACCAGCUAUGCAAAAUAUAAAAGAAACUAUGAGUGAAAAUCUAGGAAGUAACAGCAGUCAUGGACAUCAAUCAGUUCCACUACAACUUGGUAAUAUUUAUGAAAGAUCACAAGAAUCACUGAAAAAUAUUAUGGCUGGACUUCAAGCAUUAAAAUACUUCCAAAGUGAUGUCUCGUUGGCACAAGAAAAGCAAAGACAAAAGGAACAAAUCAUUCAUGAAGAACAGAAUCCAAAUCUCCUUCAAAAUCCAGAAAUUCCAAUUCCAAUGGGAUGGAAUGAAGACAGAAAGUCAAGAUCAAGUUCAAAACGUGGAGAUUCUCCAACGGAAAGUGAAAGUAACAAUUCUACAAAUGGAAAUAUCAAUCUUGACUCAAAAUCUUUAUUAAUGCGUGGCAGUCCUAAUGUUAAGUCAUGGAAUACACAUUUAAAGGUGCUGCUUUUUGAAAAGGCUUCUCUCGCUUAUGCUUGCCUUGCUGAAGAUUUUUAUAAUAGCAAAAACUAUGGUGCAACUUUAAAAAGCCUUAGAUAUUCAAUAUCUUGUGAAAAUAUUGUUAAGAAAUACGUGCCAACAUUGACUACUCAAAAAAGUGUACUUUAUGGACGUGCUGGUGAUUGUUACUUCCAAAUGAGUAAGAGCUAUGAUAAAAUUACUAAUUACAUUGAUGAAUUUGUGAAUGAGAGUGAAAUGGACAGAGAUUUUUGGAAGGAACUAGAAAAGGAACAAAAUGACAAAGAAACCGAAGAUGAUUUCCAACUUCCAAAUGAGAAUGAAGAGAAGCUUCUAGAAUUGAGCUGUCAAUGCUAUGAGACAAGCUUAAUUGACACAAAUCAAUCACAAAUUGAGCUUGUCAGACGUCUUGGAAAUGCUUACAACGAACUCGGAGUGGCACUAAUGCACAAGGCACAACGACUUUACAGCUCGUACAUGGACACAAAGAAGGCAAAUACAGACUCAGACAUAAACAAUGAGGAUGCGAUCGACACCAAAGAGAUGAGUUACCGAGAAGUAGCAAAGAAGUCAUACGAUUAUCUUAUGAAGGCAGUCACACUAUUUGAUGGAGUAAAGGAUAAUAUAAAUUUGAUAGUUUGUCACUUGAAUUUGGGAAGAUUUUUCAGAUUGUCAGCACAUAUUAACAUGUUUUAUGAAACUACAUCGCUCAAGUCAUUUCAAAUGCAAAAGAAGAUGUAUUAUCAGGCAUUCGAUAGUUAUAAUCAGGCAUUGAGUAUACUUAGACAUAGGAAAGAGAAUCCGGAUCUUUGGGAUCAUGUUUCAUGGGAAUUGUCAACAGCAACAUUCAAUUUAGCUAAGGAAAUGCAAGAGAACUCAAGUUACGAUGGAAGUGCCGAAGAUUUAGAACGAGAAGUUCUCGACAUUUUAACAAAGGCACUAAAGUAUUGUGAUAUUGAGACUAAUAGUUCCAGACAAGUUCUUUAUAUCUUUCGUGCCGGCUUAAUUCAUCAACGCUUAGCUAGCUUCUAUCAUCAGUCUUUAAGGAUGAUUACAGAUGAAACAAAACGCAAAAAUUUAUUACAAUUAUGUCGCCUUCAUUAUGAAAAAGCUGCCAAUUUACUAGCAUCACUUAAUGAAUUCAAAGAUUACUUCAAAGUUCAAGUCGAAAGGAUUGCAUUGAGUGAAUUCUUAGCUGAAGAGUCAGUCAGCAAUCAAACAAAGAUUAAAAAUCUUCAAAGUGCAUUGACUCAUUUUAUUGACACUUCAAAGAUGUUAAAAGACAUGUCAAGCAUCAAAUUGGUAAUUGAUUCCGACGAAGUUUUAUCAUUGUUGGAACUGUUUGAGAAGCGAUUACAAUUUGUUCUCAAAUCCUUAACAAAAUUGACAAUGGCUGGUAAGAAAGUUGAUCAAAAAGCUGAGAUUUACAAGAAAAUGUUUGGACUUACAUUGCGAAGUAAUCAGAAAUUGGAUUUAAUGGAUUUAAAUAAUCAUCUUAUAAAAGUUCUCGAAAACAUAAAUGCAGUCAAUCAGCAAAUUGGCAAGUGGAAGAGCUCUUGAGGAUAAUGAGAUUGUUUAACUUCUAUUUGAGAAUAAAAGAUAGCUUUAACAAAGUA